UUUCCGGGUCGCGCUUCCCUUACGUUUUGAAUCGGAUUUACACAUUUAAAAUGUUUAUUGUGCUUAGUUAUGACGUGCUAGGUCCACUUAUUGCUCAUAUCUUUAAAAUGCUUUAAAAUCAGUAAGAGUCCGCCGGUCUGAUAUACGGAAUAACAAUGAGUGGAGGUUUAGCACCCAGCAAAAGCACUGUUUAUGUGUCUAAUAUCCCAUUCUCCUUGACAAACAACGAUCUGCACAAGCUAUGCUCUAAAUAUGGCAAGGUGGUCAAGGUGACUGUCGUGAAAGACAAGCAGACACGUAUGAGUAAAGGAGUAGCAUUUGUGUUGUUCCUGGACAGAGAUUCUGCUCAAAAUUGUACCCGGUCACUAAACAACAAACAGUUGUUUGGGAGAACAGUAAAAGCAAGCAUUGCUAUUGACAAUGGCAGAGCUACAGAAUUUAUCAGGAAGAGAAACUAUACAGACAAAUCUAAGUGUUAUGAAUGUGGGGAUGAAGGGCACUUGAGUUACGCGUGCCCUAAAAAUUUACUUGGAGAGCGAGAACCACCACCUAAAAAAGAAAAGAAAAAGAAGAAAAAAGCCCAGCAGCCUGAGGAAGUAGAGCCUGAGGAGAGUGAGGAGGAAGGAGAGGAUCCAGCGCUGGACAGUUUAAGUCAGGCAAUCGCUUUCCAGCAAGCUCGCAUUGAGGAGGAGAGGAGAGUGAAACAGGUCACAGAGGAGGCGUCUGAAGCAUCGACAUCAGAGAACACCCACAAACCAAGGAUCAAAAAGAGCGCCUACUUCAGUGAUGAGGAGGAGCUGAGCGACUGACUCAUACCUUUAUGUUCUCGAAUCCUUCUUACCUAUUAAAUGGAUCAUAUAGUGAUAUAAAUUUCUAAUUUUAUCUGUGUGUUUUUGUUGAAGAAAGCAUUUAUAUUCAGGUUAAGAGAAGGUUAUCUUAAUCUGAUAUGGUGAUUGUCAUAAAUGCAAUAUAUUUAGAUAGUGAGGUAUGAAUCCUGCAGAGUACAACUUUACACUUUCUAUCAUGUAAAUUAAGCUUAGUUUUGUGUUUUGUUGCCACAUUUUUUUUAUAAUGCUUAGAAAACUUUGAAAUAAAAACUGUUUUAAAUAAAACUUUGUCAUCUUAUCAUCCUGUCCUUAGCUUUGAGGCAUUAACGGGAUAGUUCAUCCAAAAAUUUUCUGCUGAACACGAAUGAAGAUAUUUUGAAAAAUGUUAAUAACCAAACAGAUCUGGGGCACCAUUCGCUUCCAUAUUAUUCUUUUUUUUCUACAUUUACAAGUAUUAAUUUAAAUGUGUGUCUUUCUAUUUCCCUAAAAUUAAGAUAUUUUGAAAAAUGUUAAUAACCAAACCGAUCUGGGGCACCAUUCACUUCCAUAGUAUUCUUUCUAUUUCCCUAUAAUGAAGAUAUUUUGAAAAAUGUUAAUAACCAAACAGAUCUGGGGCACCAUUCACUUCAUAGUCUUCUUUUUUUACAUUUACAAGUAUUAAUUGUGUGUCUUUCUAUUUCGCUAAAAAAAGAUAUUUUGAAAAAUGUUAAUAACCAAACAGAUCUGGGUCACCAUUCACUUCCAUAUUAUUCUUUUUUUCUACAUUUACAAGUAUUAAUUUAAAUGUGUGUCUUUCUAUUUCCCUAAAAUUAAGAUAUUUUGAAAAAUGUUAAUAACCAAACAGAUCUGGGGCACCAUUCACUUCCAUAGUAUUCUUUCUAUUUCCCUAUAAUGAAGAUAUUUUGAAAAAUGUUAAUAACCAAACAGAUCUGGGGCACCAUUCACUUCAUAGUCUUCUUUUUUUACAUUUACAAGUAUUAAUUGUGUGUCUUUCUAUUUCGCUAAAAAAAGAUAUUUUGAAAAAUGUUAAUAACCAAACAGAUCUGGGUCACCAUUCACUUCCAUAUUAUUCUUUUUUUCUACAUUUACAAGUAUUAAUUUAAAUGUGUGUCUUUCUAUUUCCCUAAAAUGAAGAUAUUUUGAAAAAUGUUAAUAACCAAACAGAUCUGGGGCACCAUUCACUUCAUAGUCUUCUUUUUUUACAUUUACAAGUAUUAAUUGUGUGUCUUUCGAUUUCCCUAAAAUGAAGAUAUUUUGAAAAGGUUUAUAAUCAAACAGAUCUGGGGCACCAUUCACUUCCAUAGUAUUCUUUUUUCCCCUACAUUUACAAGUAUUGACUUAAAUGUGUGUCUUUCUAUUUCUCUAAAAUAAAGAUAUUUUGAAAAAUGUUAAUAACCAAACAGAUCUGGGGCACCAUUCGCUUCCAUAUUAUUCUUUUUUUCUACAUUUACAAGUAUUAAUUUAAAUGUGUGUCUUUCUAUUUCCCUAAAAUGACGAUAUUUUUAAAAAUGUUAAUAACCAAACAGAUCUGGGGCACCAUUCACUUCCAUAGUAUUCUUUUUUUCUACAUUUACAUGUAUUAAUUUAAAUGUGUGUCUUUCUAUUUCCCUAAAAUGAAGAUAUUUUGAAAAAUGUUAAUAACCAAACAGAUCUGGGGCACCAUUCACUUACAUGGUAUUCUUUUUUCCUAGUAUGGAAGUGAAUGGGGCUCAUGAACGGUUUGGUUACAAACAUUUCUCAAAAUAUCUUCCAUCGUGUUCAUAAAAAAUUAAUUCAGGUUUGUAACAACAUGAGAGUGAGUAAAUGAUGACAGAAUUUUUUUUGUGAACUUUCCCUUUAAAGCUUGCAUUCUAAAGGCUAUUGUUUCACGUACUGAUCAAAAAAUGACAAAGACACUUCAUAAGUGUUUAUACACGUUUUGAAAACAAGAUUAUUCUUUUUUUCCCUACACGACUAGGAAGCCUGACCAAACAUGGCCAAUGUACA